AAGUCCCCGCCUCCGCAGCCUGUUGCGCACAGACGCGCUGGAGUGACAUUGUUAAGUCGCCUCCACGUUGAAAGCUCACGCAGCUCCGCUCAGCAUCUUUUCUCUCUGCACGGACACCAAAACAAAUCUUUAAAAAACUCAUCGCCUCUUUUUUUAAAUUUUUUUUUAUGAGCUCAUCAUGACGUUCAGGAGGCUGAAGAAGGUGAACUCCAGCGGGCCAGACAGUGGACCAUCAUCUCAGGACAACGACAUUUAUUUCCCCUCGUCAAAGUCAGACAGCUGCAGGACUAUGGACUCACCCAGCAACUCCUCGGAGGUUUAUAACUACAAGACUUUGGCUUAUUCUGGAGGGACCCUGCCCAGAAACUUCAAAAAGGGUGGCGGUCUGCAGAAGUGGAAACCCCUAACACAGACACCAGAACCACAAAGAAAGGUGGUGGUUCUGGAAAAAAAGGAAGAGGAGACGUUUGGUUUCGAGAUCCAGACUUACGGCCUUCACCAUCAGGACCAGAACUCCGUGGAGAUGUGCACGUUUGUGUGCAAAGUGCACGAAGACAGCCCGGCUCAAGAAGCGGGACUUAAAGUUGGGGACACCAUUGCAAGUGUGAACGAGACCACCGUGGAGGGGUAUCGGCACAAGGAGAUCGUUCAGCUCAUCAGGGCUUGUGGCAACACCAUCAGGCUGGAGACGGUUUACAGUGACUCAAUCCGAAAAGCAGAGCUCGAAGCCCGGCUGCAGUAUCUGAAGCAAACUCUUCAUGAGAAAUGGGAUGAAUAUCGUUCGUUGAUGGUGCAGGAGCAGAGGCUCGUUCAUGGCAUCGUAAUGAGUGAUGCUGCAGUGUACGAGUCCCUGGAGUCAGCAGGCAUCUACGGCAGCCUCGGCACUCCCAGCCCGGCCGCUCGCAGAGCUCUCCGAGGCACCGGCAGCACCAGCAGCAGCGCCAGCUUCCUCAGCACGGCCACCGAGGACGACCCUCUCUACCAGACCUGCCUGUACCAGGCAGACAGCAGCGUAGACACGGACAACACCAUUGUGGACAAAAAGAAAGACGAGCAGCAGCCGCAGCAGAAGCAGCAACGCCUCCGACCGGCCAGCGAGCUCUUCACGACGGCCAAGACGCACCUGACCCGAAGCGCCAGCACACGCAGCUACAUGAGGGGCUCGUCGUCGUCCAACUCGGGGGAGAAGCAGGGAGGGUUCAACUCGCUGCAGAGGAAACCCAAACAGAAGAGCUUCCGCAGGCGACUCCUCAAAUUCAUCCCGGGUUUGAACCGACCGCUGGAAGAGGAGGAGAGCAAACUCUGAGCAGACCCAAAGACUUAAAGCACCAAAGACUGUCAAACUAAACUGCCAAAGAAAAAAGAGUGCAGAGACCAAAGUUACGGCUCUACAGCUGCACCAAUGUAGACCAACGAACAUGUGGCUAAGUUCUGUAGCCGUCAGUGUUUCACAGCUGUACAUAACUUUUCUUUAAGUUAUUUAUUUAUUUUAACACGUGUCAGGUUUAUGUACAGAAUGAAGGAUUUCUCCCAGUUUUUACUUGCAUGCACACACUUUUAUUUUGACAGCUGAAUAAAUGACCCGUUGUGAUUGUGAUAGUGCAGCACAAACAUUUCUUUUGUAAGUUUGAUAUCUACGUUAGAUGAUUCAGAUCUUGAUCCUGUUUUUUAUUUUGUCCGCAUAAGUCACGGUUCCUAAAAAUAAAAAAAAAUGUGGCAUUUUCACA